UUUGAGCGAUCCAAUUCAUUUGAAGUGCUUUCCAGGUCCAAAUAUUUGUAGCUUUUAGUCCUGAGCAACAUGGCGCUAGCCAGCAGCCUUGCGGCACUCCCUUCCUCCCUCUCUAAAACUCCUCUGGGAGGAGCCUCCGCUCACAAGUCCCGAUCCACUCGCUCCUUGGGAUUCUUGCUGCCAGUGAGAGCUUCCUCGGACAAAGGUCCUGCAGGAGGCGAUGGCAUCAGCAGCGUUCUGGACCAGACCAAGAAGAAUAUUAGCCGCGAGGGUGUGCUCAAGAACCAGGCAGAGAAUGAGUCGGAGAAGAAGUCCGUGUUUGGAGCUGUGCCAUCGUCCGGAGCAAUGUGGCCGAGGCCGGAGAUCGAGAGGCGGCCAGAGACUGGCGAUCGAUCAUUCCCCAGCUUGAUGGCAUUUGAUGGCGCUGGCCCAGAGACGAUCAAUGGCAGACUGGCCAUGGUUGGAAUUGUGUGGGCAUUUGCUGUAGAGAGAAUAACGGGACAAACGGUGUUCGAGCAGCUCUACACGCCAGGCAACUUUGGCUUGUUUAACUUCUUGAUGGUGGCACAACUCUUUGCGUAUGCGUCGCUGGUUCCCAUGUUUAAGGGAGAGAGCCCCGAUAGUAGAGCUUUGGGCCCGUUUAAUGCCAUGGCGGAGCGCUGGAAUGGGCGGACUGCCAUGCUUGGUUUCCUGGCUUUGGUGAUCACGGAAUCCUUCAUCAAGACGCCAGUUUUUAACAUGAUGUAAGUGAUCUCGGAUAGAUCAAAUUUGUAAAUUUUGGGGCAUAUGCCCAUUUACGUACAUUAUGUCAUCAGUUCGUCUAGAUAUAUAGGUUUCUUACUUGGUACAUCCUGCUUAGCUGCUUUGAAAAGAAAGAACGAACAGAGAGAUAACGAGAUAACAAACCUGU